GAGCUAAACAUAAAGGAAAUAUUCCUAAGAACUGUCAGCCCAAGAUAGGGCAAUUACUUGGCACAAACGCCGUUGCAGACAAGGUUUUUUAUCAUUACUCAAAGGGUGCUUUUCCCUAAUUAUUUAUACUUAACACUGAUUUCAAAUUUACAAAAUAAAAUGAUAAAAAAAUGGAUAAAUCAGAUAAAGAUGGCUGAAAUCAGAUGGAGCAUCCAGGUUGGAGUUCAUCACUCCAUAAGAAUUGUUGACCAUCAGUCGAUUAUCUUGAAAGAGGAGGGGAAGGGGAGCAUUCUGGAGGAUAUUAAACUUAAAAGGAAAGAUUCUUAUCAAAGAAAAUAAUUGGAAGAAAUUCAUCUUUCAUGUUAUUACAUUCUCUGUAAAUGUUUCUUGCUAAGAAAUUUCAAUGAUUUAGGACUAAGACUACUAAAAUUCUAACAAGUGUUGUUUCUCCUGCCUUGAACGAUAGUUUAAAGGAAAAGCUGAUGGGAAAGGACUUUGCCAUUUUAAUUGACGAAUCCACUGAUGUGGCGUGUAAGAAGAUUUUAGCAGUUUGUGUCAGAUAUUACAGCGAAGAACUGGGCCAAGUAGUUGAUGAAUAUCUAGGGAUCGUUGAAGUGGUUAAAACUACAGGAGAGGAACUUUUUAAUGCUCUUCAAGAGUUUCUGCAGAAAAGUUUCAACCUCAGCUUCAAUAAUUGUCUAGCCUUUGCUUCUGAUGGAGCAAACAAUGUGGCAGGCAAGAAUAACUCAGUUUGGUCCAGAGUCAGGAAAUACAAAAUAUAAAAUAUCUGGAUGUAGAAAAAUGAAAACAUUUACUUGCAAUUUUUUUCCAGCAAAAACUAUCAACAUGUAAAAAAUUUUAUGAGAGUCCUAGAACAUAUUUUGGUUUUAAGAGAGGUUAAUCCUUCAUGCCGACAGGUUAAGUGUGUAAUGCACAGCUUAGCCCUGUGUAUUGAGCAUGCAUUUGAGAAAGUUCCAAGUAGUGUCAGUACGUUAAUGUGCAGGAUUCCUGCACACUUCAGUCAGUCCUCUCUAAGAAGAGAAAAUUACCUGGAAGUUUCAUCCAACUACAAAGAGGAAUGACUUAAUCAACUUUAAUCUUUAAUCAGAAUAAUUAAAAAGGAAUUAGAAUACUUUAUUAGAAUAUUAAAGAUAAAGUUAAAACCUAAAUAGCUUGCUGGUGAAAUGGAUAACUGUGUUGAGGAGAUGGGACUAUCGGAAGAUGCUUUGCCAAAUCCUUUUAUGAAGUUCAGCAAGACAAGGUUUCUUGUCAAGGGUAGAGUAUUGAAAAGAAUCUACAAAAACAGAUCAGCCCUUCUGAAGUACUUCGAAGAAUUUGAAAAGAAUGCUUCGACCAUGCAGCGGCAUGAGGUCAGGACCCUUAUAAACAUGCUAAGAGAUGAUGCCCUAUUCCUGUUGAUAGGAUUUCUUUAUCCUGUUAUUGAGGAGUAUGAGUCCCUUAAUGCAAAGUUUCAGACUGAAACUACAGAUCUUUACUUCUUAGAAGACAAUCUAAACCUGCUGUACUCAAGCAUAUGGCGUCGGGCAUACGAGAAGGAUCAUAAGGGGCAGGAAAAGAAGCUUCAUGUGUCUAGGAUAGACCUGGGUGCCCAGUUUAAAUCCAGAAGCUCUGAAUUGAUCAAGUCAAAGAAGAUGACUGAGGAACAGCUCCGAUAUAUCCUGGAGAAAGGAGCUGAGUUCCUCUAUGAAUUAAUUGAACAGACAAAAAUUAGAAUGCCGGAGACUCGAGUGUCCCUAGCAGCAUAUUCCAAGAUGCUCCCUAAGAAUAUUGUAAACUCAUCAUCAAAGCCCACUUUCGAUCAACUUCCCUAUAAAGAGUUCAUUCCUGAAGGUGAUUAUGAGAAGGUUGAGGAUCAACUCAGGAAAAUUGAUCUCAUAGAGUGGGGUGAGGAGGAUGAGAUUAAUCCAAACUCUAUGAACCCUGUUCAGUUCUGGGUAGCUUUGAGGGAAUAUGAAAGAGGGGGAGAAAAGGUUUUUAAAGACCUGGCUGUUCAUGCUCUCAAGAUAUAUACUAUACCUUGCUCCACUGCAUUUGUGGAGAGAGUUUUCUCAAUAGUUACUUAUCUUAAAACUAGACUACGAAACCGGAUAAAAUCCCCAUUACUUGAUUCUUUACUUGUUCUUAAAUGCCACCUGCAGGCAAUUAAUUAUUUAUAUAGAUGCUUGUUUUCUUUCAGGGGCUAAAUGUUAUUAGUAUCGGGGAUGUGUGUAAAAUAAAACUUGGAAUUAUCUAAAUUGUUGAUUGCCUGCAGGCCCGCCAUAUUUGCUGUUAUCAGCUAAAAAUUACAAAACCUAUGUUAGACAGGUUUAAUGUAAGUAUGUAUGGGACAGGACAGGGGAGACACGUAGGACAGGGCAUACAGGAAGAAGAAUUAGGUCCGAAAGGACUGGCAGUAGAGGACAGGCAGGAAGGACUGGAAGGUCAGGGAUGGCAGGGAGGACAGGGGGGACUUAUAUUUGAUGAGGAUGAGGAAGUCCUCCUAAGAAUUGUUGACUAUUUUUUUUAAAUAUUUUGUAAUACAUGCACAUAUGUAUAAAUAUGUAUUAUUUGUUUAAUUUCAGAAAUAAAUGAUUGUGAUCUAACUGGAAUCUGAUAUAGAUAAAUCAAUAUCAAGGUAUUUUUCCUAAAAAAUACUUAAUUUUAAGGGAUUUUUAAAAUUUGUUUUUCUUUAAAAGGGCUUAUUUAUCAUGUACUCAGUACCAUGAAGGUGGGGAAUUUUUGGUUAAUUUUGGGAAUUUUUAGGACUGAGAUUGGGAAUUGUCUUAUCCAGGAGUUGGCAACGCUGGUCUAAAAGCCGGCUUGUAAACAGUUUACUUUAGUUCAAUCAGAUGUCCAAUAGUAUCAAUCAGAUAUUAGUCCAAUCGUAUCUGUAUUUGUUAUUAAACGUAUCUUUAUUGCAUUUGCAUGUAGUAGGAAAUGUGAUAUCCAACAAGAGCGGAUUAAAAAGAAAAUUAGAAGUUUCCACAAUGAAUAUUCAGAUUAAGCGAUCAGGAUUAAGGGUAUCCAAUUCUAAAAUUUCAGCUCUGUUCCCACAAUUAUGAAGUCUUUAAGUUUUUAGCUUAUGAAUUGUUUACAUUUUCCGCCAGAGAAACACUUUUUUAUGUUUAAACUUCUCAAAUUUUUGUUGAGCCUUAGUAACCGCAAAAAGUUUAGAUGUUUAAAACCAAGGAUUUAAUGCAAGGAAAGUUAUUUCAGAGGUGUACUCAUCUUUUGUACUGCAGUGUACUGUCACUGGGC